AUGCACGAAGUAGACUGCGAGCGAGCAACCGUGUCACUGGAUUUGGAUAGGCGGCCUACGCAAGCUGGGAAGGUGAAGAACAUCGAGGAGAUUGUAUCGGUGUCGAGAGCGCAGCUCAGAGGCGGCGCUGGUCAGCGUCAGGCCGGCUUGUUUGGAUGGCUCAAGAGAGAUCAGGGAGUACACCAGAAGCUUGACAAGGGCAAAGAUGAAACAACUUCCACUGUGGUCAUAUAUAAAGGCAGAGAGAUUGGAUCACCGCAGCCUGUAUCAGCUUUGAACGUACUGCCACCAGCAUCGAGGUUUGUGAAGCAGCCCGACGAUUGCCCUUCUCUCAACGCUACACCGAAGUCAUCGCUCAAGAACGAUUACGAUGUCAACGGCAACCAUCUUCCAAUCUCAUUUCGACAGAAUCAUCGUGUUUUUACACGUCCUCAGUCACCACCAUUGCCUCCGCCACCAGCUCUGCUCGCCACGCAGUCUCGUCCAGCUACGACGAAUCCAUUCGCAGGCAUAUACGGAAACCCAAACAUCAUCAGAGCAGGACCAGCUUCAUCACCAAUUGAAUAUGCCGCAGCAGGAAGUCUCGUCCAUAGGCCGAGUGCACUUGACGGUUCGCAAACGGGGUACGGUCAAGCAUCAGAACUGCCCAGAAGGAGCCCGUUGCGCGACUCUACUGCAGCAGUCAAAGAUGCCAACGACCCUCAUGAUUCUGGCGUAAAAUCGACCACGCAGAAGGUGCGAGCGGACAGGAGAUGGGAUGCACUUCCUGCUCUGCCGUCUGGGGAAGGAGCGCCAGAACCACCGCCGAAAGACGAAGGAGAAGAGGAGGUGGAAGGAUCGGACGAUGAGCCCUUUGAUACCGAGGAGGUGCUCAGCUCUCUUCGACCAGAACGGCUCAGUCUGUACCAUAUCGGCACGUCAGGGCGUCCAGUCCACGGCUUUGCGGACGUUGAUCAUGAACCCGUCGCCAUCUCCUCACGUCCUCCCCAAGUUAUCAUCUCCAAUACGAGAAGGCCAGCAGAAAACUAUAGCCCCGGAGCAACAGACAAUUACAGCGUUCGUACUCGUGAAUGGGAUCUCCAGUCCUGCGCCACGGACGAUCUUGGUUUGGACAAUAGGCUUGAGCGGCAGGAGCAGCUCACGAAACGAGGCAAAGAGCGUCGAGUCCCAGAGCAACAAAGAAGACAGGAAGACUUACGCGACAACAACGAGCCACUCAAUGGUCUGCCAGAAGAAGACGCUGCGAAUCCUGAAAGCGUCUUCUACGCGGAGCUGAUCGACCUUGUGAAGGACUACCACGAGCAGCAAAAAAUCGUUCGUAGAGCGUUUGAGGCAGGCGAGAUGAGCGAGGGGCAAUGGAGACGCGAGAUGUGGAGGCACAGAACUGCUCUAGACAAGAAUGCAAAUGCUGCAGCAGACAUGAGCGGCUAUAUAAUAUUCACAGAUGAGAACGACAUCAAAAGGGCCAUCGAACAGCCCACUGGUUACGCCAUAUACAGCUCACUGCUCAAAAUCCGCGACCCGGAGACGUGGGAGCGCAUCUUCGAACCAGCGUUAGUAAACCCACAACCCUCAUCUGUCGCGAAUGCACUACAGCAGCAUGUUGUAGUGCGAGAGAACUCGUUGAUGUGGCUCGUCCGCAAAGCAGGACGAGCGCUCCGCUUCAUGCUCGCUGUACCCGACGAUCCAACCCUAAAGACGUACUCAAGCAGACAUCCACCUCUUACUGACGUCGUAACCUACCAAUCCCAGGUCGGCGUUCUGGGCCCGAACAUACCCUUACGACCGCAGCACAUAGACAGAUUCACCACAUCUGAGCCGAUACCAACCUCUCUCCGCCAGAACUUCGCACCCGCCCGCAACCAACCCGGACCGAGUACACAAGUUGAACGACCUCCCAAGAUCUCAAACGACACCACCAGAGUCAACAAAAAUACCCUGUCCACAGGCGUCACGCUCGCGUCGCCUCUCAACGGUCGGCAUGUCCGAGCUCCGAGGAGUCGUGGAUAUGAACAGGAUGCUUUUGUGACGGUGCUUAAUCCUUCGGUUGUUAGUUCGGCGACUGAGAAGACGAUGGCUGGGUAUGGUGCUGGUAUGCCAGGGAAGAGGUAUAAGGCGAGAGAUCAGGAGAGUAAAGUUACUGCGUGGCCUGAGGCGGAUUGUUGAGGGAGGCCGUCGAGCAUGGCCGACUUGUGAGGUUGAAGCUUUGGUUCAAGUCGAUCUGGUUGGGGCGUACUUCGUGCGUUUGGACAGCACCGGGAGAAACUCGAACAUUUCAACAUGGGGAGUCAACAGAGCACUACAAAGAGCGAAUCAUCAG